AUGGUCUGCUCAAAAUGCCAAAAGAAACUCAAAUCCACCGAGCUUGCUACUCCCGGCGUCAAACGCAAAAGUGAGAUGUACUAUGGUUCGCCAUCGACCUCGGUGGGAGGUGGCGGUGGAGAAGGCAGUAAGUCUAAGCCGACGCUAGGGAAUACGGGUGUUGGGAAGAGCAAGUUGCUUAGCUCCAAGGCUAAGAAUCCUUAUGCGGCUUAUUCAUCUGCUUGUGAGAGCUGUAAGACGAAGACGGAACAGGGGAGGAAGUUUUGUCAGCGGUGUGCUUAUCAGAAGAAUGCUUGUCCGAUGUGCGGCAAGAGUAUGGCUGGGAAGUCUAAGAAGGAUCAGCCCAUUGUACAGGGACAGAAGUUUAAUCUGAAGUAG